AUGGCUGAAGCAAUUAUAACUGUAAUCUUAACACAAUUGGCUGAAAUCACGAGAGAAAAGAUCCGACAGAAGGUGAGAUUAGUUGUGGGGGUCACAAAGGAUAUCGAAAAACUCACCAGCGUAUUGGAAUCCAUCCGAUCUGUGCUUGUUGAUGCUGAAAAGAGAAAAGUGAAGGAUGAAUCAGUCAAAUUGUGGUUAGAAAGGCUCAAAGACAUAGCAUAUGACAUCAACGGUGUGUUGUCUGAAUGGCUAACUGCAAUCCGCAAGUUGAAAACUGAAGGUGUUGAAGAUUCAUCCCUUUCCAAGAAAAAGGUAUGUUCUUUUAUCUCUUUACCUUGCCUUGGAUAUAGACGAGUUGUCCUACGUCGUGACAUAGCCCUCAAGAUUAAGGACAUUAAUGAAAGACUCGAUAUUAUUGCCACCGAGAAAGAUAGGUACAGUUUUAAUACGUCAAUGGAGAGUGGUGAUACUGGGAGGCUAAAAACUAACUCUUACAUUGAUGUAUCUGAAGUACGAGGUCGAGAUGUGGAUAAGAACACUCUUGUAAGCAAGUUGUUGUCUGAGAGUAGCCAAAGUCAUGGAUUCCAUGUUGUUUCUGUAAUCGGCAUGGAAGGAAUUGGUAAAACAACUAUAGCACAAAUGGUCUACAAUUGUGCUUCUGUAGAGCAAGAUUUUGAGAUAAGAAUGUGGGUAUGUGUUUCUGAGCCUUUUGAUGAAGUUCGAGUUGCAAAGGCAAUUGUUGAAGACCUUGAAGGUAAUGCUCCGCAUUUAUGUGAACUUGAAACUCUAUUGCGCCGUCUUAGGAAUGCUAUUUCAGGAAAGAAGUUCCUGCUUGUGCUGGAUGAUGUGUGGACAUAUGACUACAGGAAAUGGGAACAAUUGUUCAACUCUCUCAAAUUUGGUGCAGCUGGAAGUAAAAUUCUAGUGACGACGAGAAAUGAGAGAAUCGCAAAAAUGUUGAGAAGUAGCCACGUGCUUCAUUUGGAGCAGUUGACAGACGAGGACAGUUGGUUGCUAUUCAGUCAAACAGCGUUUUUCGAAAGAAGUAAAGAGGAUUGCGAAGGAUUGGAAGGAAUUGGUAGGAAAAUAGCUGACAAGUGCCGGGGCAUACCUCUUAAUGUAAAGACUAUUGGCACUCAUAUGCGGUUCAAGAAUUCUUUACAAGAUUGGCAGAAUGUUCUGAAUAGUGAAUUCUGGGAAUUUGAAGGAGCAGAGAAAGUUCUCUUUCGUCCUUCGAUGUUGAGCGACUUCGAUUUUCCCUAG